AUGGAGGUGAAAGCCAACUUUGUGAGUAGCACACCACUUGUGUCACGGAAACGACCAACUCCAGAUCACCAGAUCACCAGUCUCUCCCAGACCCUUCUGAGCGGUGGUGGCAAUAACAAUAUCACAUCUCAGAGACCAUCGCCUGAGGACACGGUUAGCUAUGCUGAGCUCAGGACAAGCAAGGUGGAAAUGCAGAAUGUCAGCCUGGGAGUGUGGGCCAUGGAUAAAAGUCCAAAGAGGACCAAGACAGGAAAGAGAAGACGCAUUUGGAGGUUUGAGGGACCUGAAUCGCCCCAUAAGGCGAGCCAUUCCUCAGGCCCCAAGAAGCUCAAACUGAGCAUGUCUGUUUCCCAUAAUGAGGAGAUGGAAGUUUUCAAAAGGAAUUGUAGGGCAGACCAACCAUCAAAGCGCUGGAGCCAUGCCAUGUGUUUAAGUGACCCUGACACAGCUAUUCUGAUUGGAGGGGAGGGUGCAGACCAGGCUCACUGCCCAGACUCCAUAUGGAAGUUGGAGAUUGAUGGAGAUUUUUGGUUUCCGAUACACUCCUCUGCAGCUGGGCCCUUUCCACCCAGUUCUCAAGGUCAUUCUGCAGCCUUCGACCCUGAGCGUAAGGUUGUCUAUGUGUAUGGAGGCCUGAGAGAAGGUCAGCGUUAUAGCGAUAUUUACAUGCUGGACACACUGACCUGGAAGUGGAAAAUCAUCAGUGCAAAAGGAAAUGUGCCAUCACUGGCGUAUCACAGUUCCAUCAUCUAUAAAAGUGAGCUCUAUGUAUUUGGAGGGAUGCAGCCUAGCCAUGGCCCUGGAGGCAAAGCUUGUAGCAAUGCUUUGUACAUCUUCAACCCGGAACAUGAGCUGUGGUACCAACCAAUUGUGGAAGGUGACCGUCCUCUUCCCAGGUUUGGGCACUCCACCACACUACUGCCCAACAAACUAGUCAUAUUUGGAGGCAGAAAAUCUGCUGCUUACCUCAACGAUCUCCACAUUCUAGAUCUUGGCUUCAUGGAAUACACUGCAGUGAAGUACAAAAACAUGCCACCACUGGCCCGUGGGUUUCAUGCUGCCCUGCCCGUGUCUGACAACAGGGUGCUGAUCAGCGGAGGGUGUGGUGUUUUAGGGGCAUUACAAGAUCUCCAUCUCUUCAGUUUAGAUACCAACUCCUGGGUGUCAGUGUCGGCUCCUUUGCUCUGCGCAAAGCCUCGUGCUGGCCACAGUCUGAUCAGCCUGGGAAGUACAGCUGUCCCAGGAACAGGUGUGAGGGACCAGGAAGAUGGCUGUUGUACCUGCCUAGCCACCCAACACACAGUCUUGCUCUUUGGGGGUUCAGACUGUGCUGGAAUGUUCUACAAUGAUAUAGUCAAAUGCAUUGUGGAAAUCCCUGCUGAAGGGCAGACACAAAAGGAAUUCAUGGGAUCAGUAUGUCUGGCUAAGAAAACAGACAACUAG